GAGUAAUUUAUAUGCCAGUAAAGAAUGACUUGAAAAAAAUUUGGGGCUAAUUAUGAUUCAGCAACUUACGGUACAAAAUAAACAAUUUUUUUCAGUAAUUAGGUACAACCCAAAAUUUAUGUUAAACACAUGUAAACAACAAUAUUAGUGAUCAAUAACAAAUAACGAGGAAAUGACAAGGCCAUCAACAUAAAUAAACAAUGUGAAGCAUCUAUAAAAAGGCGCUGAUUUGAUCAGAAUGUUAUAGUUUUCAACAAGACGCAACUAUGAAUAAGACUUUGGCAAUUUUGGCGGCAUGUGCGGUCUUUUUAGGACUUGUGUACUUAGCUGAGGGGCAGGGCGAUUUUAGCAACUUUGGCGGAGGCGGCGGUUACCCAUAUCCUGGCGGCGGCGGUUACCCUGGAUAUCCUGGUGGAGGCGGAUUUCCUGGUCAUGGAGGCGGCCAUUUCCCUGGCGGCGGUGGUUAUUGUACAUGUAGACGAUAUUGCUUCCGUGGUGAAAGAUACUCCGGCAGAUGUCGUCCACCAUGGAGAAGACGCCACUGGGGAGGUUUCAGACGUAGACUUGUUAGAUGUUGUCCGAUAUAUGGGCCCUAUCAAGGUUGAUUACGAAACUAUACGUGUGCAGAACAACUAUACUCAUCUUGUAAUAUCGAGUGGAAUAAAAUGAUUUUGAAUGUAAUUUCUUUUGUAAUAAAGCCAGAGAAAAAUGAA